CGAUUGGUCGUCAGUUACCUCAUCUGCAGUACAAGUCAGAAACAUGUUGCUCAAUUUUUCGGACGUCUGAUUGGUGAUCAAAUCGCUGGCCCGAGCGAGGAAGCUUGGGCAGUUGUAACUUUCAAUGAGGCCUCAGAUCGUGUUGUUUGGAGAUUCGUUAACGGAGCAAUCCUUCCGACCUGGUGGAUGGGGUGCUGCUCUUGCCAACUCCUAUUCUCGCAAGGCUGAUGUCCUCAUUCGUGGAUAUGGUGGAUACAACACAAGAUGGGCUUUGUUCUUGCUGCAUCACAUAUUCCCUCUGGUCUCGACCAAACCUCCUAUUGCUACCACAAUUUUCUUUGGCGCUAAUGAUGCGGCUUUGUCAGGAAGAGGUAGUGAAAGGCAACAUGUACCUAUUGAAGAGUACAAGGAAAAUCUUAGAAAGAUUGUUCAUCAUUUGAAGGAAUGCUCACCAGCUAUGCUAAUUGUGCUUAUUAGUCCACCACCAGUUUGUGAGAAAGGCCGUGAUGCUUAUGCAAGAUCUCUCUAUGGCGAGAAUGCCAGAAAACUGUCAGAAAGAACAAAUGAAGUAACAGGUGAAUAUGCAAAAGCUUGUAUUGAGACGGCCGAGGAAUUAGGUGUUCGUUUUAUCAAUCUUUGGUCCAAAAUGCAAGAGACAGAUGGCUGGCAAAUGAAAUUUUUAAGUGAUGGGUUGCACCUUACGCCAGAAGGAAACGAAGUAGUGUACCAAGAAGUCACAAGGGUGUUCAAUGGGGCGUGGCUUUCUGCUGAAGAAAUGCCAUACGAUUUUCCUCACCACUCACAAAUUGAUGGCAAAAGUCCUGAGAGUGCUUUCCAGCAAAAAUGUUUGUGAAUGGUGACAUCCACAGACCCUUUGGGGGUCGAACUUUCAAUACAUUGUACUGUGCUCAAUUUGGUUGAUUCCGUUGGAUUUUCUUCCUGAAAUAAGAUAGGUUUUUGUGUUGACAUAACAAGAUUGGAGUUUAUUCCUGACCGAAGUUGCACCAUUAAGAAGCAUUUAUAGAGUUGGCUGCA